CGGUCGCUUGUGGAGAACGGCAAUGAGCAGGCCGGCCGGCGCAGGCGCAGCGAGUGAGAGGUGUGGAGUGUCGUGGCCGUUUGAAAGUAACGAAAGUUCCGCGAGGCGGCGGCGGCCCGGGGCCGGGGGCGCGCGCGAUGGGCGGGAAAAACAAACAGCGAACCAAAGGCAACGUGCGGCCAUCGAGCAGUGGUAAAGCAGCUGAGCUGCUAGCCAAAGACAAAGGAACAGUUCCCGGCUUUAUUGGGUUUGGAGCCACCCAGAAUGAAUUGGCUUAUGUUCCUGCAGUCCAAGGCUUUGAAGAAGUGGAUAGUUUGGUGGAUGCUGACUUCCGAAUGGUCCUGCGCAAAAUGUCGAAGAGGGAUGCAACCACAAAAUUAAAAGCUUUACAAGAGUUUGCGACAAUGUGCAAAGAGAAGGAUUCUGAAAAUGUAAAAGGGGUUCUUCCUUAUUGGUCAAGGAUUUACUGCAGAAUUUCCUUGGAUCAUGACCGUAGAGUUCGAGAAGCAAUUCAACAGGCAUUUGAGUCACUCAUCCUUCAGGUGAAGCGAAACUUAGCACCUUAUUUGAAGAGUAUUAUGGGACAUUGGCUUAUUGCUCAGUGUGAUACCUAUGGUCCAGCAGCCUCUGCAGCAAAAAUGGCGUUUCAAGUGGCUUUUCCACCAAAUAAGCAAUCGGAGGCUGUGGCUUUUUGCAAAGAGGAAAUUAUGAGUAUUCUAUAUGAUAAUGUCAUGAAGGAGACUCCAGAGACUCUCAGUGACCCACAGAGUGUUCCAGAAGAAGAAAGGGAAGGCAAAUACUUAAGAGUUGUUACCAGUUCACUCUUGGCUAUGAAGAAGCUACUUGACCUUUUGCCUGAAAAUGAGAGAGUGGUUCUGAAGGACAGAUUGAUAAAAACUUUAUCGCAGUCGAAGUUUUGGAAGUACUGCAAGCAUAAAAAUCCACAGAUCCGAUCAGCUUUCUUCGAAUUGAUUAUUGCUUUUUGCCAACAUUUACCUGAGUUGAUGAAGUCUGAAGCUGCAAAAGUGUGUCCAGCUGUGCUGCUGAGCAUAGAUGAUAUGGAUCCAGUUGUUUGUCCUUCUGUCUGGGCAGCAGCACUUUAUGUGCUCAGCUGCAUUGAGGAUUGUUGGACCCAUGUAAAUGCAAAGAAAGGAGUUUUGCCAAAACUAUGGACGGUACUUAAAGAAGGUGGUCGAGGUCUUGCUACUGUGAUCUAUCCAAGCCUUUUACCAUUUUUUAGCAAAUUACCAGAAGAAAUAAUUGUACCAAAGAUGGAAUUUUUCACCAUUUUCUUCAGUACCUGUGCCAAGGGGUUACUGAGUGAACGUGCUUUGAUAAGCUGUUCUGAGAGUUCAGCAAUUGUGGCUGCAAUUAUGGAAUGUUUACGUUUUACACUACACCAGAAUCUGGGAAUGAAUGAGGAUCAGCAGAAGCUCCAACAGAUGCUCAUAAAUGAUCAGUUACUACCUCUUGUACAUUCUGCUUUGAAGAACCCCAAACUGCAAAACAGUACAUUCUCCCACCUAGCAGAUACUCUUUUGUCUUGGGAAAAGCGAGCUGAUAAUCAAGAAAUAGAAGAGUAUGGUGAUGCAUAUCAAAGAUUGUUACCCUACUUUUGGGAUGGCCUUUCUCAGCUUUGCAUGUCUCAGGUGGAAAGUGCAGAAGUUGAAAAAAAUAUAUUGGAAGGAGUGUCUUCCUUGCUCGUAUUGUUAAAAAAUCCCGAGAGUGCUCAAAAACACACUGUCAAAAAGAAAGAAAAGAUUAGGUUUUUUGACGAAGAAGGAACUAUGAAUGUUGAAAGCAACAAUGGCAACUGUCAGGAAGAAUUAAGUUUUGAACCAACAUAUGUGCUGCAGUCUGAAAGUUUGGGAGAUUCUUCCAGGUGUUUUCAGCAUUGUAAUCCUGCCAGAACUGUACCUUUGGAAGACCUAGUCUGUAAACUUGCCAAGCUAUGUAUAGCCUUUAUCAAAGAACAGAAGUCUGAAAUUUAUCUUGCAUUCUUGGCUACAUUGGUCAGCUCCUUUCCAUCAAAGAAUCUAUUUACAGUUUUGCUGGAAAAUGAUACUCAGAGGAAUGCUGAGUUUUUCCUUGAGGCAAAUAAUGAAGUGAAAACAAUGGCAUGUAAUCCUGCUGUGCAGUUUCUGAAUCAAAAACUGUUAACCUGGAUGAAGGAAGGCAAAGCUGAUUUCAGUUACCUGAUUGAAAUGCUUUACAGUGUUCUUCACUGCUGCCAGAAGAAUGAGAGGACCAUAAUACUGAAUCAAAUAUCUGAGAUGGAACAAGGAUGGCUCAUCUUAUUUCAUGUUAUACAAAAGGCUUGUGUGGAUCCCAUUAAGUAUGUUGCUAUCUCUGAUUGGUUAAAAGGAGAUGUUCUAGGAGAGAAACUGGUCCUGUUAGCAGAUGACCUCUGUACAAUGGAAGUGACAAUAGGUUCUUCACCAAGAAAGCCUGACUCAAAUAACUGGAUGCUACUUGGCUUUGCUCUAUCCCAACACACCAAUAAUGAGUUCAUGAUUGCUGAAAUUUAUAUUGAAAGAAUAAUUGACAGACUCCACAAUGCACUUUCGAAGGAUCUUCCUAAGGACCUCACUAAAACUGGAGCUCUGGAGCCAUCACUUUCUUUCAUUUGUGAUUUGGCAUCAAACUUUUUCUGUUCCAUCAAAGGAUGUUUGCAGAUGUCGUCAGCUGAGGAUCUUCUUUUCACGAUCUUCCAGCUCUGUGCCCAAAGCCAGGAGAAGACUCAUCUCUCAGAUGCUGCUUUGCAUAAACUAAAGCAGACUUGGUUGCUGGGAUUAACUUCAUUAAUCAAGCACCAAGAAGGACAUUUAAGAAAAUAUGGUUUCUUUCAUAGCUCUGCAGCAUGGUUGAAAAGUCAGGUACAAACAUCAACGCUGGAUGUAAAAAGUCUGCAGGUGCUUCUUUCCUGUGUUCAUACUUUGCUUGAUAAAAUUCUGAAAGGAACUCAACCUCAGUCACUCAGUCAUCUCAAAAUAUUAGUUGAAUGUAUGGCUCCAGACCAUUCUGAGUGGGAAAAUCUGAGGCAGAAGCUUGCUUCUCAGUGGCUGAGUAAAGCAUUGCUGAAAGAACAAAUAAGUCUGAACAGGGAUGUGUUGUACACUGGCACUAACAUUUACUCUUCUGACAAGAUACCGAAUCAUUUGUGUACUGCAACUUUAUUAUGCCUCGUGCAAUUGCAGAUAUUGGAAGGCAAUAUCUUUUUUGAACAGAAGGAGAUUCACUCAGUCACGCCCAUAUCACAAAGUAAGUUUGUAUUUGCUGCAGAGAUGUUCUACACUUUGCAGUGGUGUGAAGAAAUGAAAGACUUGUGCCCAAUGAUUUCUAAAUACCAUGAAUUACUACUUCAAUUUGAUAUUAUCCAGAGACUGAGGAAAGCUUGCAGCACAUCAUGUGAAACUCUCUUUAGCAGGUCAUUAGAGAGUGGACUGCUCUGGGCUUUAACCACUUCUCAGUAUAUUGCCGAAACCAAAUCGGAUAGUGGUUACAAUCUAAAACAACUGUAUGUUACAGUGGAUAGAUUUUUCCCUUUGACUGAAGCAAGUCUGCACACUGUUCAGAAUAUUAUUCCAUCUGUUCUUCAGGAAGAUAAAGAUCUUAUUUUGUUCCAGUGCAUUGCAAAACUUUCUACAAGCAAGGGUUCAGAUAUUACCAGUAUUGAUGGAGGGUUUGGAAGCCUCACCAUUAUAAAUAGCUACUCAAAGAAAGGAAUCAAUGAGGGUGAUCACAUUCUAGAUGAUCAACUGUUUAUAGAUGUGUUAAAUAUAAUCAUGGGAUGGAGAAAUCAUGACGAACAAAUAUUUUUGUUUGACUGCACUUUAAAAAAUCCAGAACCUCAUUUGCUUGGAAUCAAUGUGGAAACUCUACGCUUUCUGAAACUGUUGAUCAAAUAUUUACCAACUUUACUAACAAAUGAACAGUGGGACUUCAUCAUGUGUUCCACUUUGAUGUGGUUGGAGACUUGUAGUAAUACUGUAUCACUUGAUUCCAAGCCCCUGAUGCUGCAUUUUGUUUGUCAGUGCUGUGGCAUGCUGUCAGAUCUUAGCUACAUGUUUCAGACUUUAACACCAGAAAUAAGUAAAGCUCUUCCUGCUAAUCUUCUGAACGAAUGGAACAACUUCUUUGUAGAAGGAGCCUACAGCCAACUGUUACCUCUGUUUUUAAAAAUUGCAGCUGAAUUCAAAGGAACUAUUCUUCUUCCGACCUCAGUACACCUGCUAACAGCCUUGGGUGAAGCUUCUGCACUGAUUCCACUGAAGCAGCUGAUGAAUCACAAUCUGCCAGCUAAAUUUAUUGCUGGUCAGAAGACUAAUUUACCUGAUAAACUUCAGUCAAUUAUGAACACAUUGGCACCAUUGCUACUAUCCAAGGCUAGGCCUGUGCAAAUCACAGCCUAUCAUAUGUUAUACAAGUUAAUGCCAGAGCUGCCUGCUUUUGAUAUUGAACAUCUGAAAUCUUAUGAUGAUGGUGGAAAUGACGAAGAACAUGGUUUAUCACCACCUGCAGCACUUAUGUCAGUAAUUAGUGCUCAGGAGAAAGUUUUGGACAAUAUGUUCAGUAACAUUCCAGUUGGGGAGUACACAGAUAUUGAGCCACUGAGUGAAGCUUACUAUUGUAUCCUGGGGUACUUGCUUGCAUGGAAAUUGCUUCUCGUAUUUUUCAAGGCAUCACCAUCUGAGUUACGGGCCAUAUAUGCACCAUAUCUCCGUGAUAGUAAAUGCUUACACAAAUUAUUGCAAAAUCUGUUCAGACUGAUGCCGGAAAAUCCAACUCUUCCUGGUCAGAUUGCUGAUUCUGCUAGCAAAGGGCUAUGCACACUAUUCACUGAGAAGCAUGCCAUUCUUCUUCAAGAGACAAAAGCUUUGCAUACAGAGAUUCCCAAGUUGGCUUGUGCUGUAUAUUAUAGUGUAUUGGAAGACUUGCCAGCCACAGUUCGACUUUGGUGGAAUAGUCAAGAUAAGCGAGUGUCCAGUACAGUGGAUAAAUACACCAGCAAAUAUGUCAGCAACAUUCUUUCCUCACAGGAAAUUACAGCUGUGCAAACGAGUACACAGAUGUUCAAGAGCAUGGUGGUGAAAGCUCGCCCUGUUGCCCGAGAAGUACUAGCUACCUAUUCUGUGGAUGACAUAUUCAUAGAGCUUGUUAUUCAGUUACCGACAAACUAUCCUCUUGGAUCAAUUACUGUUGAAAGUGGAAAACGAGUUGGUGUGGCUGUUCAACAGUGGCGUAACUGGAUGUUGCAGCUAAACACAUUUCUUAAUCUUCAGAAUGGCAGUAUCAUGGAAGGCCUUGCGCUGUGGAAAACCAAUGUUGAUAAACGCUUUGAAGGAGUUGAAGAAUGUAUGAUCUGCUUUUCAGUAAUUCAUGGUUCUAACUAUUCACUUCCAAGGAAAGCCUGCAGAACCUGCAAGAAAAAAUUCCACUCAGCCUGCUUGUACCGAUGGUUUACUUCCAGCAACAAGUCUACAUGUCCACUGUGUCGAGAGACAUUCUUUUGAGGCGUUAUGGCUUUCUUUUCUGUUAUUGUAAUGGCCAGGUGGACUUCAAGAGAAUUGCAGUCAUGAAGCAGAAGACAUCACCCAAUGGCUUUAUGACAGCCAGAAAAUAAGUUUUUGAAUAAAGCAACAGGAACAAAUUUUUUUCUGGUCUGCCUCUAAAACCUGUAAUCUUGGAGUAUUUGUGUCAGUGUUUUAAAAAAGGCAUAAAUAAUUUUCCACAAUUAAAUUUACCAAUUAAAUCAAUGGCAGUAUAUUGUAUAUUUGUCCUUACUAUUUCAUUUUGUUCCUCUAAUUUAUCUCUGUUGGUGACUUGCAUUCAUUGCUUCAAUGGUGCUGCUGUGGAUCCACUACUGGAAAAUGCAUGAGUUGAUACAGGACAACUCCUUGACAGCUCAUUUCUUCCAUACUGUGGGGCAAUUCCAGACUUCUACACAGCAGUGGGUGAUCAAACUUGCAACCGUUACAUGUUGAAAUUAAAAACAUUACUGUAAAUUUCCUUGAAAAUAUAAAAUAUUCUAUGUAAUGAAACUUCAUUAGCAAAAUUGUAAAUAAUAUGUAAUACUGUGCAGUGUUAAUGAGUUAUACUCACAGCGAUGAGUUUUGUUCUACAUUUUUAAAGUGUCUUUCCAACCUCGUUCAGUAAACACCUAUGAAUAGUGUUAUUUUUAAAAUAACGAUGUCUAUCAAUUUCUGUUCUUGAUCAUCAUUGGAAAACUGCUCCAGUUUCUCCCCUUCUAGAAUAAACACUGAAAAUAUAAAUGGGAAUGUGUGCUACCUCAGAAAACUGCUUGGAUGCAAGACAGACCUUCUUCAGUCAUUAAUUUGAGGUGAGAGGUAAAACUCCACAUUUAUUUGGUUUCUUUAAAUGCAUUAGCAUUCUAUCUUACAGCAUUGUUAGAUGCAUUUGUUAAGCUCUUAGACAUUGAAAGCCCAGGUAACAUUUUAGGGCCAUAAUUCCUCAGGACAACUAUGGGAUAUUAAUAGAAAAAUUUAAUUUAUAUUAGCAAUUUUCACACUUUUCAACCAUUAUAAAACAUUUUGCAUGUACUUUCAAUAUCAUGAGGUAGCCAAUUUGUACAAGGAAAAUUUGAUGUUGUGAAUAAAAAUCAAUUUAAUUUUA